AUGGAAUAUUUUAUAAAAUAUAAAUUUAAAAUUGAUAAUAUCAUUAAUGAUAUUACUGAUUAUAAACAACAGAUUUAUUCUGUUGAUAGUGAAUUACAUGAAAGACUUCAUAUAGUAUGGUUGGGAUAUUUUUAUGAAUUAUAUGUACAACCAGAUUCUUUAUAUGGAAUAAUGUGGAUAUUUACCCCAUUAAAUGAUAAUUCACAAAUUAUAAAAACUAAUCUUAUAUGGUCAAAGAAAAUUUCAGCAAAAUUUCGAUUUUGUUGUUCUGCAUGGGAACAACCGGAUUAUUGCAAUCAUAUAUGGACAUCGAAAAAAGGAUAUAUUAAUAUAUUUAUUGGUCAUCGUCCAUUAAACAGAAUAAUUGAUCAAUCCGGUUCUAUAAUUAAUAUUUAUGAAUUUCUAUUCUCUUUAGAUCAACAAAAAUGUACACAAUGUAAUUCGAAUAAAUUAAUUUCAGGAUCAACAUAUCCCCAUGAAGUGAUAAAACAAACGUCUGAAAACAAACAAACCCUUAAUUCUCAGAUCGUAUCAAAUAGUAACGGCAAGAUAUUCAAAGACAUUUGCGCAACUAAAGCGGAUCAACUCGUUGAUUCUUUGAAAAAGUCCAGUGAAAUUUCAAAGACAAUUGAACAUUCAAAAAAUUAUUCAUCAAACGAAACAAGUACAAACUGUAAUGAUAAACUAAAUAAUCCAUUCGUAAAUGAAUCUAAUCCUUUAUCUAUUCCUGAAGGAAAAUCAUCAAUACAACUACUAAAAGAUAACAAUCAAGAAGUUGUUAUGACUACAAAUAAGUUAACUAAUAUGAACAAGAAUGAAACAGAUCUUAAUUCAAAAAAAGAACCCGCCAGUUUGAAUUACAUUCCUAAACCUUCUAAAAUUGAGUCUACAACAUUUGAUGAUUUGAAACAAAUUGAAAAUCAGGUCGACAAGAAGAUGUCAAUUCGUUCAUCUCGUUAUGUUUAA